GACACACAAGACAGCAUGAUUAAAAUACGUGCGCCUGCAAUACGUCGAACAUAAUUUAAAAACAAUCAAAAUAACCUCAAAUUAGCAAAACAAUAAAGUUUUUCGUAAUUUUAUCGGGAAAACGGACAAAAAUUUUAAAUUUUUGUCCUGCAGAAUGAGUUCAGUGUGGUAUAGGCCUGAACUAGCAGAUGUAAUUAUUCACCAUGGCGAUAUAUUUACUGAAACACACAGUAUUAUCACCGAUAUUGUAUCAGGUCACCUAGACAUAGCGGAUCUAGUACAAAACAUGGCCGGAGUCCUCACAAACAAUGAACCGGAAAACCGAGAGAAAGGCAUGCGUUUCUAUACAAAAAUACUAAAAGAACUACCGAGAGAUUAUUUGAACGAUAUGCAAGUGAAAUUCAUAUCCAAGUUCUAUAUUGAUCGAUUGAAAGACCAUCAUCGGGUUGUGCCUCCUGUGCUUGAAGGGUACUCGGUAUUGAUUGACAUGAUGGAGUACAAUAUACAGAAUUGUACGGACUUUUUGACAGUCUUGUUCAGAGAGGUAACAUGCCAAUCACAGACAAGACAAGACAGAUACAAUAUUUAUGUUAUUUUCCAGAAGCUAUGUAACAAGGAUAUAGAUUACAUGAAAAGUCUAGGUUCAGAUUUCGUAUACGGCGUCAUAUCAGCAAUGGACGGUGAACGAGACCCGCGCAAUCUAUUGUUCCUCUUUGCAUUCCUACAAAACUUUCUCAAGACCGUUCCUUUAGGACACUUGGCCGAAGAAAUGUUUGACGUUAUUUCCUGUUACUAUCCUAUUGACUUUCACCCAUCUCAAGAUGACCCAGCUUCAGUGACGAGAGAUGACCUAGCUAAUGCUUUGGCACCAUGCCUUUGUGCCAUACCAGAGUUUGGGGAUUCGUGUAUCAUACUUUUGAUUGAGAAGCUGGAUUCAGAAUUGAGGCUCGCCAAAAUUGAUUCUUUGAAGUUGUUGGUUGAAAGCUGCAACACAUUCACGCCACAGUCUUACAGUCCGUUCCUCAGAGCUCUGUGGUCCUCAAUCAGCCGAGAAAUGUCUCACAAAACUGAUGACGAACUAAAACUAAUAGCCCACGACGCUUUAUCCGCACUAAUUGGAAAAAUGGCCACCACAGCCAACACAGACAUGGCCUUCGAGAACUUUCUUAAGGGCAUUCUAAUUUCUGCACAAACUACUAUAGCUGAAGCAACUACGGUCGCACAGUUCGUUAAAGGCGCGAAAGUGCUUUUAACCGCUGCAAAUGCUUCCGACCAAUCAUGUGCGACGAUUACAAGGGCCAUGGUACCCGCGACUGUGGCGUACUAUGAACUGAAAACCGCGCCAAAAUUGCAGAUAGCCAGUUUGGACUUCAUAGGAGAUUUGUAUGAGUGUGCCGUAAACAGGGGCUUGUUAAAUGAAGUAAGGGCACAAGUUGAUAAUGUACCACAUAUUUGUCUGAACGCGGUCAGCCAGACAUCGAAGGAAUAUCAGAUGGCUGGCUUCAAAACUUUGAUCAGAGUCCAAGAUUGCUUGGGCGAAGAACUGGUAGUGCCAUUUGUAGAAGUCCUAAUUUACAACGUUCAACAUGCACAGGAUAACGACCUACUUAGUAUAAGCGUUGAAACCAUACACGUUAUAGCAAGAAAAUUCCCAGAAUUGAUCAUGAAUUUGGUUGUGAAAGGCAAAUGUAGCAUAGACACAGCAACGCAAGACAAAAUUGUGUUCCAAAAACGUUUGAACUUGCUGACGAAUCUGGCAAGCUUAGAUGACUUUACCAAAGUAAUUAUUGAAGAGAUGUUGAAAAUAAUAACGUCGAAUGAUCCAGAAGCGUUGCACGUUGUUGAGGCUUUAAGCGGUUCUAUAUCAAUGGCUAGUGUGUUUACUACAGAAAAGGUGACUCAGAUUGAAAGUGAUCAUGGUCUUAUAGACCCUGUGUUAUCUUGGUUGUAUAAAGAAAUAUCUUCGAGUAGUCCAGACGCUUUGGCACAUGGCUACACUCUCAUAUCGAAUACAAUAGGCAGCUUACCUGCUGAAAAACAGGAGAACAUACUACUAAAACAUACACCAAAGGCUUUAGAAGAGUGUUCUAAAGACGAUAUAUACUUCCUUAUAAUAGAAUGUUUGUAUGCUCCGUUACGGCAAACGGUAUACAAUUCUAAGUUUGAAGAGAUUAUGACGGUAGCGUUAGGUGUGGCAUUGAAAAGUGACAAAGAUGUGGUGAGAACGAAAGCUUGUGUACUUAUAGCACAUUUAUUAAAUAAGGCUGAACAUGGACAGAAGUUUGAGCUUCUAUAUGAGUUGUUGAAGACUAAAUUGUCAACGUGUAAUAGGGAAGAUGAUAAAUUGUGUCCGAGGUUGAUAACGUUGUAUGGUUGGAUUACGAAGUCUCUGCUUAUGAGGGGCAGUGAAAUGUUCCUGUUUUGGUUGCAGAAGAUUGUAGGCAUCCUCUCAACAUCCCAAUAUUCGGGAAUGGGUGCUGAAUCAAUAAAACUAAUAAUGACUGAACAUCCCGACUAUUUGAAUGCCAAACAACACUGCAGAAUAAGUCUUCUAUACAAACAGAGAAUGUUUGAAACGUUCUCCGGUUUGGCUGAAAAGCUCAAGACUUCAAUAGGCCCAGCUACAAGAGAGAAUUACUUGCUCAGUUGGGCCUAUGUGCUGGAUAAAGCACCGAAAGUUGUACUUAAAAAUGAGGCCUCUAAGGUAGCACCAAUAGUGAUAGAUGCCCUAGAAUACGAAAAUAAGGACAUGUUACUAGUAUCGCUGGAAGUGUUGGGUCAUUUCGUGCAAGCCAGUCCGGGGACUGUGUCUGGCAGCCUACAGACUAUACUGCCUAGGCUAGUUACUUUGACACGGUAUAUGAAGUCUAUGGAUGUUAGAAUAAAAAGCCUAGAGUGCCUUUACGACAUAGCAAAUACUUUCCGUACAUCGGCCUUACUACCCUACAAGCAAGAUGUUCUAAUCGAUUUAGCGCCAUCUCUCGACGACAAGAAGAGGCUAGUUCGAAGUGUAGCCGUCCGCGCGCGUUCUCGUUGGUUCCUCGUCGGCGCCCCUGGUGAAGACAAAGUGAACUAAAUGCAUGGAAUUUUGAAUGCGGAACGCACAUUUUUAUUUUUUUGACAAAAUGUAAUGGAAAACGCACUGCACUAUUAUGUUUAAAUUAAGAAUUAUUGUUGAAUGUUUUUGUUGGAUUCAAAUCUUUUGUUUUUAUUUAAGAACACUGGCAGUUAAUGUUUUGAAAGGAGGUUGAAUUUACUAAAGAGAUUGUUGAGUAUUUUUUAACGAAUAAUCGAAUAAUUAUUCGAGAUCUGAAAUCAAAAUGUUGGAACAGCAUAUGUAUAAGAAAAACAAAGCUUUAUUGCUAUCCUUGUUGACGAUGAAACUGUUUUGCUAAAUUAUGUAGAUACUUUAAUAAAUUGUAUAUUUUAUAUUACUCA